UGCUGCAGGGGCUGCCAGGAGGCUCCUCCAGACACUGGGGCCAAGCAGUGUGUGGGUGAGCAGAAAGGGUGCUCCCCUCCUGCAAUGGGACGUGGGUGCUCCCCUCUUGCCGUGGGAUUUGGGUUCUCUCCUCUUGCAAUGGGAUGCAGGGUGCAUGAGGUUGACAUCACUUCUUUGGGAUGGAGCACAAAGCUCCAUCACAGGUUCCAUUUCACCCACUCCAGCAUUUCAGUUUGCUUCAUGCCUUCCCCAGAUUCCCCCAGAUCCAGGAGACCUCUGUGGCACAAGCAAUUCAUAUCCCUUAACUGUAUUAUCUGCCUCCACCCUCCCUGGCAGAUCCCCUGCUAUGCAAUAUUUUUUCAUGACGGAGAGCUAUUCUGAAUGCUUUAUGGCCAAAAAGGAGCUAUGAUUCCCACUUUAAAAGCUCUUUCAUCUUCAUUAGGCCUCUCUGAGCCAGUUAUUUUUAUAAGGAAGAAAUCUAUUUAGGAAAUAGGGAAACUUUGUUGAGGUAAGGCGUUGAGAUGAAGGAUGCCUCCAUGCUCACCAGCUUUGGCACAGCCCUCAAAGCUUGGUCUGAGUCCAUCCUCUGAGCUCCCCAUGGCACCUCCCAGAAGCCCAGAGGCUCAUGAUGGUUGGGUUCUCCACACCACGGCCAGGGGCUGUGGGACAUCCCCAAAGAGGACCCCCACAGCUUUCCACUCUUUGUGCCAGGGCUCGAGCACCCAUCCAGUACAGCAGUGCUGCUGAUGGGCAACUCUUGGGCUCCAGGCUGUGCCCUGUGUCCCUGGGCUACCCCAACCACUGUUGAGCAGAGCCCGGUUACAUUCCCUUGCACUUCCUGCAGGGAUUUAUGGCCAAGGUGUGAUCCCUCAAGGCCUACUGGGGGUGCUGCUGCUGUCUGAGCAUUCCUGGAGCUGGGGCUGGCUCUCUUCUUGGGCAGCAUCACCAGCAGCAAGAUACAGUCCACAGAAUCAUAAAGAUUGGAGAAGACCUCUAAGAUCAAGUCCAGCUGCCAACCCAUAACCAUCAUGCCCACUUACAGAAUCAUUAGUGUUGGAGAAGACCUUUGAGGUCAUCAAGUCUAACUGCUGACCAGCAUGCCUACUCACAGAAUCACAGAAGCAUUAAGGCUGGAAAAGACCUCUUAGACCACCAUCAACCCUACCUGAGACCAACUCCAACGCACCCCCACCAUGUCCACUAAACCUCAGUGCCACAUCUCCACGGCUCUUGAACACCUCCAGGGGCAGUGACUCCAUCACUUCACUGGGCAGCCUGUGCCAGUGGCUGACACAGCAAGGCUGGAAGCUGAACUUUGGGAUACCUUGGGCAAGGACUGAGGGAUGGCUUUGCCAUGCUCUUGUCCCCAGGGAGGUGCACCUGCAGGUGAGCAGCUCAUCAGCCACAUGAUUUCUGGCCUUUCCAUUUUAAUUUGUUGAGCAAGUUGCACCUCUGUGCAAAUGAGUUCUGGGCUGGGGUGUGAAUUUCACAGCUGUGCUCAAAUCCUCGUGGGCUGUGAACAGCAGUGCUGGGGCUGGUAAGGGCCUUCUGACAGCCACGUAGCGCUGCCCAGAGCCACAUCCCUCCAGCGUCACGUCUCUGCCUUGCAGCCACAUGCUGUGUGCUGCUGGGUCAUCCCCAUCCCUGUGUAAUUUGCCCUUGGUGAAAAAUGGUUGUGCUUGGCCAUAUGUUCACUACCAGAGCAAGAGCAGCUCUGGAAGGGGCUGGGAUCCCAUCACCAGCCUCUUGCUCCUGAGGUCAUCGGAUUGAAGUCAGCAUGAAGGCGCUUGGGCAUUUGGUUAGGAAGAGGCAAACAAAGGCAUGUGAGGCUCUAAAGUGUGUGAGAGGAUGCUCUGCAUCACUGAGCAGCUCCCAAUGGACCUGCUGGUCCCUCAGCAGUGAUGAGUAUCCAUGCAAAAGGGUAAGGAGUCUGACAGCCUGCUCCAUGGGAAGCCCUUUCCAAGGUGCCACUCACUCCAAUCCAGCAGCUGUUAAUGACAGAAGGUAGUCAUUAACUACUGCACUUUGCUUUUAGGCUGAACUCUGCUCACUUCAGCUCCUGGAUUUGGAGCUGUCCUGCUCUGUACAGUGCUGGGGUAGCCCAGGGCAGAGCUAUCCUGGGGGGAAAACUGGGUGAGGUGGAAUCAGGAACCCCAAAUUGCCCUGUUAUGUAUUUUGCCUAAUCACACAUUUUCUUCUCUCCUUCCUGCUGUCUUUCUUCUCCUUUUUGCACUGGUUGCAUCCUGACGACACACUUACCAGGCACAACGAAGCUGUGAUGCAUGUACACGCCUGCACGCUUUGCCCUGUGUUCACACACGUUUGCACGCCUGGAGCCAAAUCCCUGAUUACUGCCCGUGCCCCUAAGAGGGAUUACAGCUUCUUAGGGGGGAUCUGGCUGUGGGUAGGGGUUAGAAACCUGGCAGGAACUUCCUUCCUGUAGCUCAGUUCCUACACCGUAUUCCAGCAUUCCAAUUGUACCCAGCUCUGUCUCUAUUCCACUCCUGUCUGCUUCCAGAUGGAGCAUGGGGAGGGUGCCCAAAGCCAACAUUGGUGGCUGGGGUGAUCCCAGCUGUGUGACUCUACACUAGGGGUCUGGAAGCAAAGUGGGUGGCAAAGCUGAUGGCAAAACCAAUGGUAAAGCUAGUGGCCAAGGCUGAUGGCAAAACUGCUGUGGCAGCACAGCCUGGCCUGUUGUUCAGCACUGCAGCAGACUGGGUGGCACUCGGGUGGCAGAUCUGCAAGGACAGUGAUGCUGACCAUGUCCUCAGUCCUAGCAGUGGGUUUGAGGCUGGACAAGGGUGGGUUUGGGGAGCUGGGAGAGCCCUGGGACAUUUAGCUCUGAAGUGGCUCCACGUCUGCUUUUCCUGCUUUGAGAUGGGCUGGUUUAUCCUCUCCAGGAGGCCAAGGUAGGGUCAGGGGAUGCUGAAUUUCGGGGUUCCCCAGGAGAUCUCUUUGCUCCAUGAGAUAGGAAUGAGAAAUGGAAAAGCAUGAUUUUUUCUUUUAACAUUUCCUCCUCAAAGAGAGAUGUCUCCACACUGAGGGGUGUUGAAGGCCGGCCAUGGGCUCAGCAAGGCUGUAGGACAAGGGGGGGGACAGUGGGGACCUCACAUCCUGGAGAAAUUAAUAUGGUGCUUCUCUGAGCUGUGAUCAGUGUCAGCUCUGCUGCCCAAAGAGGAUGGGGACCACUGUCAUGGAUGUUGCCAGAAUUAGGGAUCUCCAGUAUGAGGACUGAACCUGGAUGGUUUGACCUGCACAGCCCCAUCCACUGCUCUUUGUACAAGGGUAUGAAUUUGGGAUGGCUCAGGAAGAGCAGAAGCUGCCUACAGAAAUAGCAUGUGUUAAGGAGGAUUGAGAAGAAGGCAUGGUGGUGGCACAGGCUUCAUGAUGACCCUUAACAGCUUCUUAAUGUGCAAUCUGCAUCGAUGGCUUUGGGAGCAUGUAGAUGUGGUUCAAGAAAGAUGGAGAUGCGGCACUGAGGGAUGUGGUCAGUGGGCCUGGUGGUGAUGGUUUGAGGUUGGACUUGAUGAUCUCAGAGGCCUUUUCCAACCUGAAUGAUUCUGUGAUUCUAUGAUUCUAUGAAAGAGUUGGCCAAGGGGUCCCAGGUGUUGGCUUCAGUUGACCCUGUGCCAUCAGAGAGGCUACAGCUGACGUAUAUCCACGAACGUGGAAAGGGUGCUGGGGACAGCGAGCCAAGCGCUCAACCUUGGGCAUUUCAGAGCUUCAUGGUUAUGACUAUGCACAUCAUCUGGGCUCCCAUUGAAUUCCUCCCCCCCCUCCCCUUCCCUCCUCACUAAAUGCUCCCCGAAGAGCUCAGACAUCAAUCGAAGGCAGUCGAAAUGGCUCUGCUUUGUCUCCCUGAAGAGGCAGCUCCAGCGCAGCCCUGCCCGGCCGCCGGCCGCCCCACAGCCUCGUGCAGGGCCCAUUUUCACAUCUCCCUUUGUGAAGGAGAAGCCUUGAGCUAAACGGCACUCAAGGGGCAUUGAACGAAAUGUUCGUUCGCCUCUUCCAUGUGGCACUCAGCGCCCGUCUCCGCCUCUGACGCUAAUGAUCCGGAUGAGUUUUUUCCGAGUAUAAUGGGGAAAAGAAAUGAAAGGCAAAAGGGCUGGGGGAAGGGAGGUGAGAUCCAUUUAGAAGCCCAAACAUUCAAGGGGAAAGUGGCUCCUGAGUGGCUACACAAAGGCCUGGCUGUGCCCGGCUCCGUCCUUCCUCCGACUCGCCUCCCCCGCCACCUCUGGCCCCGCGGUGGGACCAGCGGGAUGAGGAUAAUGGAUUGCAUUAUCAGCAAGCACGUUAAAUGUCCAUCCACUCAUGUGCAAUAAAAAGAAGCUGGUCUUUAGCUAAUCGCACUGGAGGAGCUCUCAGCUGGGGUUUGAGAGCGAAAUGUUUCCCAUGGUCUCCCACCCCAAGACUGCCCCAUAAGGAGCUGGCUGUGGGGUGUGAUUUCUCCCCUUAUUUCCAUAGAAUUAUAGAAUCAUUAUGGUUGGAAAAGACCACUAAGAUCAUCUAGGCCAACCAACAACCCGUCCCCACCAUGCCCGCUAGCCGUGUCCCUUGUCUACUAAACCAUGUCAAUAGGAAUCCUGCCAUCACAUCCCAUCCUACCACAGCACCCUGGCUCUCUCCUGGGGGUGGCUCUGGAGGGAGAAUAUCCACACCUGAGCGGCAGAGUAGCGGCUUUCAUGGUGGAAUUUGCUAUUGCAGUGAAGAAAUGCAUCUUGAAUAGCAGCAGCAGAAAGUCUCCAUAUCCAUUUGAGGACCAGUGGGAUGUUCUUGACAGCAGCCAAGGUAGCAUUUUCCCAUUAAGCAGAUGUUUCUCAGCUCAGGGACCUAUAUUCUGGGGGGGAUAAAGUGGUUCAAUUUCUCCUGCCCCCACCCAGGAUCAUUACCUUCCCCAGAGAGGGAAGAUGCUCGCAGUCCUCAGCGUGGUGUCACGGGCUAGGUGUAUGCAGGGCACCUUCCUCCCAAAGGGAUGUCUCCUAGAGCCAAACUUCUUGAUUUGCAUUGAAAUAAAUGCUCCGGCUGGUUCAGGCAGUGCGUCCUCCCUGCCUCGCUGGGACACUGAUGCUGCAGCACAUGUGUGCCCAAGAGGUGACAAGUCUUCCAAAGGACCCUCACACAGCCUUUUGAAGGACUCAUGAGGCUUAACAUGUCUCCAAACCACUUGAGCAGAUGUUUGCUGGUGAACCUGCCCUUCUCCAGGCAGUUACUGUGCUUUUGGAGGCCAUCUGAUCAUCUCCUUUGUGAGGAUGAGCCUGUGAAUAUCACCUGGAAACUCUUUGUGAAACGAAGAAAACCCAAUGCCAUUUGUCCAGUGUGGAAACCUCUGGUUCCAGCUUACAUUCCUGCAUCAGAAUGAUUAGCAUAUUUGAUUAAGCAAGCCUGCUGACAUUUCUAACUAGUUAGAUAAUCAAUCAAGGAGAAGCAGAAGGAUCAGAACUGCCCACUCCCCCCAGAGAGAUGCACACAAAUAGAUUCAUGCAGCUGGCAGAGUUUGUGUGCAGGGCAGCAGGAAAGCCCAGGGAGCAAGAGGGCUUUUUACAAAAAUGAGGAGGCUAGAACAUCCAAUAAAUGGAGCUGCUCCAGGCCCUGAGCCUCCAGCCGCUCUAUGGGGGUCCUCUGCUCUCCCGAAAUGCUGGCACGUGUCAGGUGGAUGCUGGAAGAAAGGAUGAGCCAGCUGUCUGCUCAGAACCCAUCAUGAAGAUUGGUUGGGGGUUCAAGGAGCAGGGAGCCAUGCCCUCCUGCCGAGAUGUUGGCUUAAUCCCCUGUAUGCUGAUAAGGUCACGCCAGGACCUGUGCUCCUCCCUCCCGUGCGCUGUCUGAGUCUGGUGGCUCUCUUGGCCCUAUUUAUAGUGCGGUGAGAGGAUCAGGGGGAAUCAGUGCCCAGCGGCCCCCGACGCUCACCCCACUUCCCGCAGACAGUCCCUGCUUGCUGCCUGCUGCCGGAGCACCAAAGCAGCCCUUGUGAAGGUAUGUGCUGGCACCACGGGCAUGGGGUGCCAAGGGGAGCCAACCGACCACAUCUCCAUUCCCAGAAGGAUGGGAUGGGGAUGGGUUUUUUUUGUUGAGAGAAAGCUGCGGAGCAGGGCUGUGGUGUGGUGGCAUGGUGGGGAACCCCAGUGUUGGGCAGCUUUGGCUGAUUUCUCUGGAUAAAGAGACAAAGUUACAUAUUUGUCUCACACUGAUGGUGGCAAGGUCACCGUCCCACCAUCAACCCUUGGACCUGAGGUCACCUGGAUUAAUAAACCCAUAGCCAUGGGGAAACAGUGACCUCAGCAAGGCCAUCUAGCCACCCCUAGGGAUGGGUUGGAGGUCUAACCCUGCCCAGGUAUUGUGUUGGAUAUUAUGAGUCAUCGUUAGAGCCCCAGAUCCAUGUCCUGAGUCUCUGGGGUGCAACAGAGGUGGUUGGAGGGGGCUGGGAAGGUGAUGGACCUUGAUAUGCUGAGUGGAGGGCAGCGUGAUGGGUUGGGUUGGAUCAGGCUGGAUUGGAUUGCAUUGGGUUGAAUUGGAUUUGGUUGGGUUGGAUUGGAUUGGAUUAGAUUGGCUUGGGUUGAGUAGUGUUGAGUUGUGUUGGGUUGAUUAGGUUGCUCAUUCUUUGUCCCUGCCAGCCCUGGUCCACAUUUCAAAGAGUGUCGAAGCAGCGGGAUGCUCAGAAAGACAACAUCUCCCCAAGCGUGGUGCUGCAUACACAUAAAGCCCUGUGCAAGCUGGUGACAGGGCCAUCCCCGGGGACCAUGCUCAGCAUCCCGAUGGAGCUCUGCCCCAGCACUGGCUUUGCUGAGGCACGUUGGCUCUCCCUCCUCUUCCUGGCCGCACUGAGUGUCCCCUCACUGCCAAAAUCCCUGCCUGCAACGUAUGGUGACAAUGAAGGGCCCCAGGAAGGCACAGGUUUGAUUCAAUGUGGGGAGUACAGCAACCAGGUGCUGCCCAAUGGCCGCUGCAAGAUUGUGGCCACGCUGCCCCAGGGGGAUGAGCAGCGGUGCCCAGACAUGUUCCGCUGUACCGACGAGGUGUCCUAUUGGCUCCAUGAGAAUGAGGAACGCAAGCAGCAGAUCCUGGAGCUGCGGGAGCUGAUCUCAGAGCUGCAGGAGGAGCUGAGAAACCACCGACAUCGCAUCAAGGUCCUGGAGCUCCAGCAUGAAGAGGCAGCUGGGAGGAACCACAGUCUGGAGCAGCGAGUACAGGACCUGGAGCAGAGGUACAGCGAGGCCAGCACCCUGCAGCACAUCCAGGCCACGCUGCUCUACGACAUGCAGGCACAGAUCAACAACAUCUCCGUGCUGACCGACUGGGUCUGGCGCAACCCCACCUGCCUCAACCCUGCUGAGAUGAGGCUGCAGGAGGAGAUGGAGCGGCCAGAUAUGAGGCACGUCAGGAACUGCCCCAUUGACUGCGCUUCUGUUUACUACAAUGGGCUCCGGAGAUCCGGGAUCUACAGCAUCAUGCCCUCUGUUGGAGGGAUGCCCAUUGAAGUGUUGUGUGAAAUGGACACCGAAGGUGGGGGCUGGACAGUCAUCCAGAAGCGUCAGGAUGGCUCAGUUGAUUUUAAUAGGACCUGGAAUGAGUAUAGGGAAGGCUUUGGGGACCUGAAUGGUGAGUUCUGGCUUGGCAAUGAGAACAUCCACAAGAUAACGAGCCAGGGAGACUACUCUCUGCGUAUUGACCUGGAGGACUGGAACAACAAACACAAGCAUGCCUUCUACCAGAUCUUCAGCAUUGAGGACGAGGCCAACUCUUACCGCCUGCACGUGGACGGGUUCAGUGGGACGGUGGAGGAUUCCUUUGCCUGGUACCACAACAAGAGGAGCUUCAGCACGCCCGACUCGGGGAACAUCUGCGCUGAGAUCUCCCAUGGGGGCUGGUGGUACCACCAGUGCUUCUUCUCCAAUCUCAACGGGGUGUACUACAAGGGCGGCCGAUACUCCAUUAAGAACCGUAAGAUCCUCGGGCCGGAUGGCGUUGUGUGGUACUCAUGGAAGGACACAGACUACUACUCCCUGAGGAAGGUCGUCAUGAUGAUUCGACCACGCACUUUCCGGCCCCACAUCUCCCCAUGAAGGAGCCAUGGGCAUUCUUCAGUCCACCUUGGGCUGGAAAUAGCUUGUUGUGAGGAAAAACUGGAGACCCCCAAGGAGCCGAGCCACCAUCCUUCCUGAAUUGAACCAACAGCAGAAGUGUCAAGGCCUUCAGCAAGUGACUGGGGGAUAAAAGCUCUUCCGACACCACGGAGGUGGGUGAUGAGAAUGGCUUUGCAGAGAUGAGCAUGGAGCUCGCUGGUUCUCCAGGUAGCAUCAGUCCUUGGUGUGCUUGGGCUUCCUCGGGGCCCGAGCCCCAGUCUGGACAUUGGUUUUGGCUGGGUGGUGGGGGCUCACAUUGAAUGGAGAUGCUGAGCACUCUGGAUGCAAAUCUGACAGUGAUUUCAGGCCAGGAAUCCUGCGGACAUUUUCCACAUAGGAUGUGACUGACCGGUUUUUUCUCUGUAAAAGAUGAGCAUCUCUCUGGGCAUGGCUGUUUCUGUGUUCAGGUGGCCAUGUGUGUAUUUAGUACUGAAGAUCCACCACUAUCACAACAGGGAUGUCCUAGGGUGGGUUGAAGGUGCUAAGACUGCCCUGGGGAUGUGGGGAAACCAACGUGUGUAACCCAGAGAUGGAUUAGUGGGAAAAAUAGAAGGAAGGAAGAAUGGAACAGAUUGCCCAAGGAGGUUGUGGAUGCCCCAUCCCUGGAGGCAUUCAAGGCCAGGCUGGAUGUGGCUCUGGGCAGCCUGGUCUGCUGGUUGGCGACCCUGCACAUAGCAGGGGGUUGAAACCAGAUGGUCACUGUGGUCCUUUUCAACCCAGGCCAUUCUAUGAUUCUGUGACUCUAUGAAGGUCUGCAGCGGUCCUUGCUUCUGUAGCAGGGAUCAUUUAGCUGCAACAAUUACACUCCAAAUGAAAGGACUGAAGAACCAAAUUGUUGUCCACUUUCCAUUUUCCACUCUGUUUUCACCUUUCCACCCUUUUGCUGGCAAGGAACUUCUGGUGAACUUUCUAUCCACCUCAAAAGUGGUCUGCAGGGAUGGUUGCGUAUGAUUUUAAGUCUUCUUUAACUGCCUUACUCUGAUAAGGAUUGUCACUGUUCUCUCUUAAUUUUUGUAGCCACCUUUCAAGCAUUCUAAAAAUGAAUACCUCCAUGACAAUAAAACAGUAUUAUUUGUCGUUCCCUCUUUGUGGUUUGCCUAGGUAGCCUUUUAU